UGCGCCAGAAACCAGAGAAGAAGAAGAAGAAGUGGAAAGUGCAGUGGGGUUCUCUGAACACCGCUGUUGUCUUCUCCUAAAGUCAUCCUGAAUUAUCCUCUUUCCUUGACCUCAGGACGUUUUCCAUCGAGGUCAAGGAAAACUAGUUAGGAAACGACAUUAGGAGGUAAUUUUUGUUUAACUUUUCGACCCGAGAGGACGGAAGAAGACCUAGGAAAAACUCUUCGUUAUAUUUAAAGUCACGUCGGAACAAAACAGAAGAGUGGAGCAGUGGAUCCGGAGGCUUUUAUUAGGUUCAUCAUUCAACAUAGUUAUUUUCUCCAGUAAGUUAGUUGUGUUUCAGUAAAAGCUUUAUGCUUCCGUCCUCUUCAUACUGGACAAAAGACAUCAAAUGUUGUGUCCUCUGAUCUUCUCUGGAUUCUGUGUGAUGGUGUGAGGAUGGGACAGAGUGGCGUUGGAAGUGACUGCAGCCCUGGAGGCUAAUGAACCCGCUCCAUUGGCCAGUCAGGAUGCACAUAGCUUCAGUGGGUGUCAGCAAGUUCUGUUUCCUGACUUCCCUUGCGUUCUGCGGCCUCCUGCUUCUGCUCAUCCCUGCCCUCCAGCCUCCAGCACGCCAGGUAGACCUGCCUCAGCCACGACCCCAAAUCAGACCGGACCCAUCGCACCAUGUCAGGGUUCCAGGAGUGCCCGUCCACGGAUGGGAAACUGGCUCUGACUCAGAGCUGAAGAGGAGCUCAGCAGGGCAGGGGAGAUCCAUCGAGACCGAAGAUACCGGGAAUGAUAUCCAGAGUCCCAAGAGGUGGACGGACUCCAAAAGAGGAGCUCUCCCUGGAGGAAAGGGAGGUAGAUUUUCAGGGUCUAGGUCACGGGACCCGUUAGAGUUUAAGGACAUUUUUAUUGCAGUGAAGACUACCAGGAAGUACCACAAGUCCAGACUGGAGCUGCUGAUUCAGACCUGGGUUUCCCAAGCUAUAGAACAGACCUACAUAUUCACUGACGGUGAGGACAAGGAGCUGCGGAUGAGAACAGGAGCUAACAUCAUCAACACUAACUGCUCAGCAGCUCACACCCGCCAGGCUCUGUGCUGCAAGAUGUCUGUGGAGUACGAUAAGUUCAUCGAGUCGCAGAAAAAGUGGUUCUGCCACAUGGAUGACGAUAACUACGUGAUCCUGCCCAGCCUGCUGCGGCUGCUCUCCUUCUACCACCACAGCCAGGAUGUCUACCUGGGCCGGCCCAGUCUGGAUCAUCCUAUAGAGGCUGCAGAGAGGGUCAAGAGUGACGGAUCGGUGUCUGUCAAGUUCUGGUUUGCCACAGGAGGAGCAGGUUUCUGUAUCAGCAGAGGCCUGGCACUGAAAAUGAGCCCGUGGGCCAGUUUGGGGAAUUUCAUCAGCACAGCAGAGAAGAUCCGACUACCGGACGACUGCACCAUCGGCUACAUCAUCGAAGCGCUGCUGGAAGUGCCCAUGACACACACACACCUCUUCCACUCUCACCUGGAGAACCUACAGAAGCUGCCCAUUGACACUGUGCUAGAGCAGGUGACUCUUAGCUUCGGAGGCUUUGACAACAGAAGAAAUGUGGUCAGCAUUCUUGGAGGUUUUUCACUGACUGAGGACCCCACAAGGUUUAAGACAGUCCACUGUCUUCUGUAUCCAGAUACUAACUGGUGUCCAAAGCUCCAGCAUCGCCACAUUAUCUGAAAGCCACAGUGUUUUUUAUCCUGCUCAACAUUUAUCCCACUUCCUCCACGCGUGCUGUGUUUGGAUCAAGCUAUGUUUAGCUGGAAAAAUGUGACGUCACACAUGCCAUUGGGUCUGUAAUCCAAAGCAGCCUCUCCUCAUGCUUCAUGAAUGCAAUUUAAAAUCUAAAUAGGUGGAGCCAAAGAAUGACUUUUUCUGGCUACUAGAAGCAUGAAAGUGGGUCAAAGUCACCAGAUAACACGUCUGUUAUCAAUUCUGAACUCCUCUGUGCAUGUCAGUGCCAUGCUUCUUCCACAUUAUAUGAAGGACCCCCACAGUAUUAUCAUUGCCUUGAGUUCCCUUACUCUGUUUAUGAGGGCAUGGAUGUUUGAGUGUUUAAUGAAAGGCCUUACUUUUCCUCUGUUACCCACAAACCACUGACUGUUACCCAAAAGUCAAUAUAAAAUCAAGAUUACAUUGUUGAGGUAUUUUUUUACAAUAGAGUCUGAUUAAGAUGUAUUGAGAUUAUCCUAAUUCUCUGGUCUCAAACACAAACUGAACUGAUGUUUGAAACCCUCUGUGGAAGGUUUGUAUGCUGCGUGGGCAAACAUUUGAUUUCAGUGAUGCCUUCGUAUUCUCUGCCAAAUCCCUUCUCCUUGUGAUAGCUCAUUUCUAAAAAAGGCCCAUCUUUAUGGUUUUGCACUACUUUGAUCUUUCCUGUAUGAUACUGACUGUAGUUACAAUGUUGGUGUAAAUGUGUGUGUGAACGUCAAUGUAUUCUUUCUUUGCGUAGGUUGUAGUCUUAGCUCUAAUGCAGAGCUACUCUGGAGGCAGAGAGAUCAUUAGUUUGUUGGAGUUAGUGGAGCCAAAGAUAUUUCAACCACAUUGCCGUGAAAUUUGUUGUGGAUAUUCAUGGUAUCCCAGAGGGUGUUGCUAAUAAUUUAAGGGCGUUUUCAUAUUGGGUAAGAUUGAUCCGUACCCACUCUCCGCUCAGCUUUCAUAUUAGUAAAGUUAUUCCAUUCCCGAGUACACUUAUCAUCCACGUGUAUUUGUUUAUGUUGAGAUCAGCUGUUCUAACGGCGGAGCAUCGUGAAACACUUCAUUCAAACUUGACAGAAACAAAAUAAAACUCACCAAAACCGUCGUCGUUAGUCUUUCCAACAAUCACCCACUCUGGUUUGGUCGAAAUAAACUCUUAUUUCACAGAGUUUAAUGUGAAAAUAUGCCGGCUCUUUACGUUAUCCCUCGCUGUCUCUCUUUGCCAGCUGAGCAGCUCUUGUUCAUCGGAGGCGGAUACAGAUUUAGAUGUAUACAGAUAUCGGAGGAGACCGGCGGCGUUGAAAAAAAGCACGACCUUUCAAAACUACUCGCUGACUGCGAACGUUACUCACGUUAAAUAGCGGUCCGCUGCCGUGUUUUGGUACAGUUGGCUUUCACACCUGAUGCGAACCGUACCCGAGUACACAUGCACCGUACUCCAGACCUCCUUUUCAAGUGGACUCAGACACGGAUCGACGAACCGUGCCAAAGUACGGUACGGAGCGUUCACAUCAAACAAACGAACUGGACUUUGGGGACAAGUGCACUCCCCGGGUCCCUGAUGUGAAAGCACCCUAAGUGACCUCUGACCUUUUAUUAAGCACUGCCAUCAGGUCCAAAUUUCCUGUCAACCAACACUUUGGUCCAUGAUGUGGCAUUUUUUCAGUGUGAUGCCUUAUCAGAUUUAAAUGAAAACAUUUUCAGAUGAGCAUUCUUUUGCUUGAACUAAGCAGUAAGUGAUUUUCACUUGAUAAGAUUUUUUUUUUUAAUAAAUCCGGAUGCCCAGCUACCAGAAGCCUUAAAAUAAGAUCAAAAGGCCAAUGUCAAUGUUGUUUAGUGUAGUUUAUUCAAAGGCAGGCUGGGCGAUCUUGAGAAACUGGAAAGAGAUUUUAAUAAAUGUUGCAGCCGAAAAAGACAGCUCCAAAAGUCCAUAAAUCCAGUAGUCUGCUGACCCUCCGAAUUAUAAAUGCUCAUGAUAAAAUGGAAAAAGGAAGGUCCUUGUAGACAAAAUGCUUUGCUGACUUGUACUUCGAUAAACUGGUUCUUUGGCUCCACCCACUCCGUUUACACCAACCUGUGACAGUAGAGUGCUGCAGGGAUGAUUUUGUAGGCCAACCCGGAAGUUGGCAUCGCCCCGGUUCUCCUGGACAAAUUAUUGUUUAUAAAUGAAGGAUUAUUGCAGAAAAUGAGCUCUGUGGAAAACAAACAUUUCACUUACUUACACGUUUUGUUCAGCAAAGUGUGACGUAUUUUAUGUCGUAGAACAAAACAUGAAAAUCUCUCCAGCUUGUGUUAAACACAGACCUUAUUUCAGCCAUCUAACUAAUAUCCCAUUCAAAAAAAAAACAUUGACUUCGAGCACUUCGACUUCUGCAAAAUUGACAACUCAUUUCUGGGUUUUAGGACUCAUUCCUGCAGCACUCACACUAUUUCUGCCUGUGAAAAGUAUUUGUGUAAAACACUCGUCUACCUUUUUGCACACAAGACUAGAAUCCAAAAUCCAGAGCACGUGUUCCACUGCAGGUCAGUGAGUGAGACUGAGUGAGUGAGAGAGUGAGUGAGUGUUUUUGUAAACCCUUUACCACUGAUGUAUUAUUGUGUUGUUUCAAUAACAAUAAAUCCUUUCUGCAUCGUCAA